UCAAGCCAGCGGCUGCAGCGGGACGCGGCGACACAGCGCGGUUUUAACAGUGCCGAUGAUCCUCCGCAGACGCGCGUACGGCGGCUCAUAAACUUCUUCACGAUGCCUCCCUUUUUUAUUUUUAUUCUUUUUUUUCUGGUGCGCACAUUCUGAACCCCCCCCCCCUCGUAACGCAAACAAUGUAGGCAGCGUUGAUGAAACGUACACCUUUUGUCGGAUCCUUCGCUUGAUGUUUUCCUACUUCGGGUCGCUGGACUUGGUUCGUAACCGGGAGGUAAUCAUGACAUGGCCGUUCGCUGCGCACUGGAUCGCCGCCGUGUUACUCUGCCGGGCUUCGGCGCAAUACUCCAGCGACCAGUGCAGCUGGAGAGGAAGUGGUUUGAGCCAUGAAUCCCAUCGUAGAGAUGUGGGGCAGAUCUACCUUCGCUGUUCGCAGGGCUCUCUGGAGUGGCUCUACCCCACAGGGGCCAUCAUUGUCAACUUGCGGCCGAACACAGAGCCCUCAUCAGGAGGCACGCCAGGUUUUCAUGCCUGCGUCAAACCUCGAGCAGACUCCCAGGGGGCGCAGGUAUACCUGGAGCGAGCCGGGGAACUGAGGCUGCUGCUUGGGGAGAGGGCCCAGGCUCAGGGCACGGUGCAUUGUUUUAGCCUGGAAGAGGGGGUGCUCUUCGUGGAGGCAGUGGCUCAGACAGACAUCAGCAGGAGGAUUACAGCUUUUCAGUAUGAGCUGGUGCCAAGCCAGGGGCCUGCAGCAUACAUGUACCCCUACCUGCAUCCUGGCACAGCUCCAUGUAAGCCAUGUUCAGAUGAAGAGGUCCUAAUGGCUGUGUGCACCAGUGACUUUGUGGGUAGUGGCUACAUCCAAGGAGUGGUCAAGCCCUCAUUUACUUCCUCGUCGUCUUCAACAUCAGGUGCAAACAACCACUCCUCUUUUGUGGUGACCCUCAGUCGACUCUUCCGUCAGAAGAGCAAGGUGUUCGUUUGGGGGGGUACCAGAGGGAGGGGCUGGAGUGGAUAUGUCCGUGUACCCCUGCGGUGCAGUGUGCAUGCUGGAGGGGAUGAAUACCUGCUGACGGGGUUUGUGCAUUUUGGGGAGGCCUGGCUUGGCUGCGCCCCGCGUUACAAGGACUUCACAAAGCUCUACCGUAAAGCACAGGAAGCAGGUAACACCCCGUGUCAAAUGGAUACCGACUGAGGGGGUCGCUGAACCAAUCGCGUCAGUAGUGAAGGAUGAAGUCGAACACUUCCCAGCGAGCUCCUCGGGGAAUCACCGAGGGAUGCGACGAGUGAAAAGCUGGAAAAAUGAAGGAUUUGGGUUUGCAUGGAUUUGCAUUCACUGCUUUUGGAGAGACAAGAUGAGUUUAUACAGGCGGACUGUUGUCUGCGGUUGGCGAUUGGUUGUGCAGCUCACGCUUGCUAUCAAUUGGUUGAAACGGUUUUUCUCGAAUUACAGCAGAAGAAACAAUUUGACAAUUUGACCUUUUAAGAAGAUAACUGCCUGCAUCGAAUCCAUCUCCGCAGUAACUGUGGUUAGUGGCAUACUGGUGAAUGUGUUAAAGUGGUAAAUGAAAGAGGACUGUGAAAAUGAAUUGUGCCUAGCUAGCUUAUAUUUGCAUGGUCAUGCAUAUGUGUCAAAUGCUUGUAUGAUCAUUUUUUAAAUGAAAGUUUGCUUUGUAAAAAGCUUGAUGUAAAGUUUGGAAGUCUUAUCUUCUGACAGAAGUGUACAUAAUGCAGCUCUGUGAGUCUUUGUUACUGUACGUGUGUGCGUGUGUGCGCGCCGAUGAGUUGUAAAGGGUGCUUGUGUUUGCAAAUAAUAAAAACCCGCUUUGAUUUC